AUGAGAAGAACUGUUGGGAACAAACGCAGAGGAAUAAUAUGGACACUGACAUCUAUACUAGAAGAUAUAGAUACUGCUGACCAUCUUCAAAAGAAAACAAACGAACUGAAUAUAAAUGCUAACAAGAUCGGCCUUAAAAUAAACAAGAAGAAAACAAAGACCAUGCAGUUUGUUCCUGCACCACCACAAAUAAAAUUAGAAAAUGAGAACUUGGAAGAAGUAAAUGAGUUUACAUACCUUGGAAGCACAAUUAGCAAAAACAACGCAACAGAAAAAGACAUCACCAACAGAUUACAGAAGGCAAAAGCUUCCUUUCACCAACUUAAUAAAAUAUGGAGGACUAGUAGCAUCAGCGAAAAGACAAAAAUCAGACUAUACCAGAGCAAUGUCCUAUCAGUCUUGCUAUAUGGUGCAGAAUGUUGGAGAAUAACGCAAAAAGAUAAUCAAAGGCUGUCCGGAUUCCACACAAAAUGUCUAAGGAAAAUAUGCAAGAUUUACUGGCCCAGGAAAAUAUCAAACAAAGAUCUAUAUAAAAGAACAGGGCAGAAAGAUCUAAUCACAAUGAUUAAACAAAGACAGUUUAGAUGGCUUGGUCAUGUCAUCAGAAAAGGAAACGAAUCCAUUACAAAAACAGCACUUAAAUGGACUCCAGCAGAAGGAAAGAGAAGCAGAGGAAGACCUAGAGAGACAUGGAGAAGGACUAUAGAAAGUGAUAUAAAGAAGAUGGGAAAAACCUGGAAGGAAGUAGAAAAGAUGGCUAUGGACAGAAACAAAUGGAGGGGUUUGGUAUCAGCCUUAUGUGCCACCGGGCACGAAGAGGAUAGGUAG